UCUCUCUCUCUGUCUGUCUCUCUCUCACAUCGCAUUCUUGAUUUCGUGGCGCUUUUUGGCGGGUCUGGGCUUUCCAGCAUCGGACAUUCGCCCGAAUUUAUCUGACAAAUCUUCUGCCCAGAGCCUUGUUCACAUGAUUAGCUGCUGCUGAAGCUCAGCCCUCCGCAGAUCGGCGGAAUCGAGCUGAUCGAGGUUGCUCCACCCAUGAACGAGUGCUUGUUGUAGGUAAAAGCAAACGAACCAUUUCUUCCUGCUCUAGAAGCAGCAACUGAGGUUUAUCACUUGCUCAAAGAACCGAAGAAUGACUGCCCUUCAGUCGACGAUGUUUUAUCUUUCAACAAGGAGAGUACCAAGUGCUCAGGAAUUGAAAACUCCGCCUGUGAAGCUAAGUAUGGUUUGAGAACCGAAGGUGGUGGGAUGGCUCCGUACAUUACUCAAGGAGAAGAUGAACUAAACCUUGGAGCUCUUGAUGGAAUUCUUGAUGAAAUUGAUGAAGUGGAAGACCUUGAUUUUGCAAAUGGCCUCUCAGAUAUUGAUUUGGCUGAAGAAGUUUCUGCCUUGGGCCGUGGUCCAUGUGGUGGACUUCAUUUUGGUGAUUCGAUUUCAGACAGCCAUUCUCCGGAUCAUAGCGGAAGUAGCAAUGGCGCUGUUGGAACAUCUGAAACAUCCACAGUAACUACUACUCCAGACAUGAAAUGUAAAGAUGAAACAUGUAGGAGAAGAGGCAGAUGUGCAUGUUCGUUUGAUUUAGGCAAGGUCGAUGAGUUGGAGAAAGAUGUUGGCUGUUUAGUUCCAGAACCUUCAGACGAGGAUGAGAAGGGUGCUGCUGAAGGGAGCAGAAUUGCUGUGAAUGCCAGAGAAAAGAGACAGCGGAAGCCUCCACAGAGGUACAUUGAAGAAUCGUCAAAAGCAAACUCCAGAGAUGGACAUAAACAAGCUAGUGCUGUUGGUAAGGAUAAACCUCCCCUGUGGAGACAACCUAAGAAAAAACGUACAGGUCUUGUGGAACCUGAAUUAGAAGAUGAUUCUUCGGCAUCUGAAUCUGAAAAUAUAAUCUUGGGGAAGAAAUCGACGAAGAGUGUGGAUAGGAGGAAGCAUCAAAGAAUGUGGACUGUUGGAGAAGUGACAAAAUUGGUUGAUGGGAUCUGUGAAUUCGGAGUCGGACACUGGACAGAUAUAAAAAGGCUUUCUUUUGCAGCAACUGCUUACAGAACUCCAAUAGAUCUGAGGGAUAAAUGGAGAAAUCUUCUCAGGGCUAGUUAUGCACAGAAACCCGAGAAGGGAGAGGCUGAGCAGAAGGAAAAAAGCGCAGGCCGUCCAUUGCCCAAGUCUCUGCUGCGCCGAGUCCGUGAACUGGCAGCGCUUCAUCCGUACCCGAGGAAGACCAAGACCAGGUCUUCCUUCUUUGCUAGGAAUAGCUGAACUGAAAAGAUCCAAGGCUCAUUAGUUACAGUAGCAACUAGAAACUUUGCUUCGAACUGUAACUGUAAGAAAACCAUUAGUUUUGGAUAUCCUCCGAAAACUAUGCCGAAUGAGGCAAAAGGUGGGAAGUAACCUAAGAUCCCGAAGAAACACCCAGACAGAUUUUAAGUGUACAGAGCAAUUUCCUUCUGUGAUGCUGCCAUGCUCAUGCAUAA